AUGACUCGCAUUCCAAUGAGGUCCUCCCUGAGAAGCCGAGAUUCCAAUUCAACAUCGACCGAUACAGAUCCGAAAAAACGCAUAAAGAACUGUUGCCGAAAAUUGGUCGCGUUUAUGUGCACUCAGGUCGGUGUUGGCGGACUCGUGGUCGGUUACGCCAUAAUAGGUGCAUUGGGCUUCAUGAUGAUCGAGACUCAAGGGCAAAUUCCCUCAACGGUCUGCAUCCGAGGAUUAAUCAGAAAACAGUAUGCCGAGGAGCUGUGGUUCAGCACCGCCAGCAAUCAAACUGUAAACGUGUUCGAUAGAAGAACGUUUCACAUGGUGUCUAACCGAAUCCUGCGCCGUUACCAAGACGACUUUACCAGUAACUAUGGGAAAGAAAAUUGUAGCGGUCUGACAGCGACCGAUCUUUGGUCCUUCCCAGCAGCCAUGAUGUUUUGUCUUUCUGUGUUCACGAUGAUUGGUUACGGGACUCUAGUGCCGCAAACUGCAUGGGGAAAAGCUGUCACCGUUAUUUACGCUGUGUUGGGCAUCCCUCUUUAUGUCCUGUAUUUCCUUAACAUGGGGAAGAUAUUGGCGCAAACGUUUCGUUCGCUGUACACAUGGUUAUACGAAUGCACGGGCAAACGAAAGCCUGGACAAAGAAUCACGGUACCGUCGACAGCUUGCCUUUGGGUGAUCUUUGGAUACGUCUUGGCUGGUUCCAUAAUGUUCGCCGAGUGGGAAGGAUGGAAUUACUUAGACAGUGCCUACUUUUGCGUGACAUCGCUGUGCAAGAUUGGAGUGGGUGAUCUUGUUCCUGGUUGGACGCACGGGGAUUUAACAGCUGACAGCCAGACGAAAUUAAUUAUCAAUUUUGUGUACUUGUUACUUGGUAUGGGGCUUAUCGCUAUGUGUUACGACUUAAUGAAGGAAGACGUUUAUGUCAAGGCUAGGGAAAUGAAAGCGCAAAUCCUACAGAUCGUGGAUGUUACUCAUUACCAGGUAGAAAUGUGCUGUAAACUGGAAGUGCUAGAUUAA